AUGCAAUUCUCAGCCGCCAUCGUUACUCUUGCCCUCGCCACUGGCGUCUUUGCUGGCGUCGCCGACGUCAACUCCCCUGCUACCAUCUAUCAGGGCACAUGCAGUACUAUAACUCAAAAGUGCAACUUCAAGCGCAACGGCAAGAACGCCAAAACCACUUGCUCGUCUGGCCACCAGUGCACCAUUAGUGGAAAGCACUGCAGCUACAGUGAUCAGAGCAGAAUUACCGUCUGCAGCUAA